UCACGUUUUGAGCCAUUUGCUUGUUGGAUUUCAUCCGAAUUGUAUUAAAAUCUGAAAUACCAGAAGUGAGUUAACGAUAUACAUAUCUAGAAGAGACUUAAGUGUGCGUACUUGUGUUGUGAAAUUUACAUACAUUUUUGUGAAAGUAUAACCAGUUGGCCGGUUUAUUGUACGCUUCAUGCAAUUGGAACGGCAUAAAAAACGAUAGUGCUGCGACUAUUACUGUGCCUUUAAAGUGAUAAGACACGUACGGAGAUAAAAUCUCCUUAAGAUAUUUUGAAAUAGUGCAUUCUUCGUUCAUCGAUACCUUACAUACAGCGGUCGUUUCGGAUACCGUAACCCCCUAUAGAAAGCAGAUCAAGUAAUUUAUUUCUGUUUUUCAAACUAAAUAGAAUUUAUAUUUACUUGAAACUCCAAACGGCAUUACCACCAUCCAAACUCGAUAUCUUCUCCCCCUAAAACCAUAAAACACAAAUUAUGAAUCGCACAAAUAGCUUUGUAAAUGCUCUGAAAUGGUGGCCAAUGCCCGGUGGGAACAACAAAACCACAUUUGGAAGCAGCGUAGCCGUGCAGAAAUUGCGAGAAUCCAAGUGGUUUGGGCCAGAGGAGCAACGCAUCUUUUGUGCCGUCGUCGAAUAUGGAUUCAUCGUCGAGAUACGUAGCGAUCAGGAAAAUAAUGGCUGGUUUGGCGUCGUCGUAUGCAAAUCAUCGAAAGAUAAAAAAGCUUUGCCCGAAACAAUUGAAAUAUUUUCAGUAAAAUUGCGUGGCAAUGGUUUACGUGUCUUUAAAAUAACCUUGGAAGAUGUGUGGAAGCGUGGCUGGUAUAUACGCAUCAAUAACUUUGCCGAUAAGGAAAAGCAACCACACUGUGAAAAGGAUAUCAGAGAUCAGAUAACGUUUGCCCGGAAAGCUAAUCAAAGCUUGUGGAACAACACACAACACUUUGCCUAUUGGUGUCGGUAUGGAAGCCGACAACAAGACAUUCGAAGACGACAGAUGUCAGAAUGUGUUAAAUGGGGUAGUGUUGGAAUGAAUGCUGGCAUGCUACUUGUUAUGAAUAGCAGACAAAAAUCCUGGUCUACAUCGAAAUAGCUCCAUAAUGCUUUUUGAUAUUAGGUGAUCUUGCUCUAUGAUAUAAAUUCACAUUUAUUCAACCCGUGACUACUAUUAUUCUUACUUAUUUUUAAGUAUAACCGAAUGUAUACUUUGCGGAAAGCAAAACAUAAACUUAGUUCUAUGAGUUUACGUACAUUUAAAAAAACGAAAAACAUGAAUUGAAUUUCGAUUAGAAAGAAGAUUGUGGAUGAAAAUAUUAUUAUAUAAUAACCGGUUUCGACAUAUUCUCAUAUGCAUAUACACGUACAUACUUAUUGUGUAACAUUUUCAUAACACAUCUCUUGAUUUAUUAUGCACCAAAAAAGACUUCAUUGUAAGUUUAGAAAUACCAGCUGUGAUGUUCAUACAUGUCGAUUUAUUUGCGGAAAAUUACUUUUGUUGAUCAAAUUAGAAAUAUCACUAUCAUUUUCAUACAUUUGGGUCAUAUUGAUUACCACGAAAUUCUAAAUUCCACUGCAAACUUGUAGUCACGGUCCACUGUGAUUUAGAAAAAGACAAUUGUAGAAGAAAACGUUUUUUCUUCCAUGACACAACUUUCUUCUCUGAUUUCUAAAUAAAAAACAAUGUUGCCUGGAAGUAAUGCACAUUGGACCUUGGCUGCAGAAUAACAUUCUUAGAUAUCCUGUGCAUGAAUACGUGUUCUUAUGGGAUUAUAUAACAUAUUUUUUAUAAAGCAGUGAUCAACUUUUCAGAUAAAUCGAUUUAUUUAAUCGAGAAUUUGUAAAAUUAUUAUAUAUUAAAUAUAUAUUAUUGCACAUUUAUUGUGUAUUUGGACUAUUUUUGUAGAAAUGUGAAAGAAUCUGCAUUUUAUUUAUGAAAUAUGUAUAAAUAAUUAUCGAAAAUAAAUAUUUUGAGCUUCAUUU